AUGUCCGGAGUUUCGGGUAUGGAACAUUUGAUAAGUACAGUGAACAAGUUGCAGGACGCUUUUACGCGACUGGGUGUGCAACUGUCCCUUGAUUUGCCACAAAUUGCCGUGGUAGGGGGACAGAGUGCUGGGAAAAGUUCGGUUUUAGAAAAUUUUGUUGGACGAGAUUUUCUCCCCAGAGGAUCCGGAAUAGUAACCAGAAGACCCCUAAUUUUGCAACUGAUUCACGCAAACUAUGAAUACGCCGAAUUUCUUCAUAAACCUGGAAAAAAACUUGUCGACUUCAAUGAAGUUAGACGUGAAAUUGAAGCUGAUACUGAUAGAAUUACUGGAAAAAAUAAAGGAAUAUCUAAUGUACCGAUUAAUUUAAGAGUCUUUUCUCCAAACGUUUUAAAUCUCACUCUCAUAGACCUUCCAGGGAUGACAAAAAUCCCAAUAGGAGACCAGCCCCCCGACAUAGAACAACAAAUUAGAAACAUGAUCCUGGAAUACAUAAAAAGAGAUUCAUGUUUGAUUCUAGCUGUCACACCAGCUAAUACCGACUUGGCUAAUUCUGAUGCAUUGCAAAUAGCUAAGAAAGUCGAUCCAGAUGGAUUUCGCACAAUUGGUGUAAUUACUAAACUAGACCUCAUGGAUCAAGGAACCGAUGCCAAAGACAUAUUAGAAAAUAAAUUACUUCCUUUGAGGAGAGGAUAUGUGGGUGUAAUCAAUAGAUCUCAAAAAGAUUUGGAGGGUGGCAAAGAUAUUAAAUUGCAAAUAAAAGCCGAAAGGGAAUUUUUUCUCAGACACCAAGCUUACAAGCAUAUGAUAGAUAGAAUGGGAACGGUAUUUUUACAAAAAACUUUAAACGCCCAGUUGACUAAUCAUAUUAAAAAUACUCUACCCAGUCUAAGAGAUAAUUUACAAAAACAAUUAUUAUUCUUGGAAAAAGAUUUGGGAGAUUUUAGAAAUUUCAAACACGAUGAUAAAACUAUGAAGACAAAAGCAUUAUUGCAGAUGGUCCAGAAUUUCUCUUUGGAAUUCGAAAAAGCCUUAGAAGGCUCAAGGUCCAGCGAAAUCAACACGAGUGAAUUAUGUGGUGGUGCGAAAAUCAAUUCGCUGUUUCACGAAAGGCUUCCAUUUGAAAUUGUAAAGAUGGAAUUUGACGAAAACGAAUUACGCAGAGAAAUUGCUAUAGCUAUUUGUAAUAUUCAUGGUAUUAGGAUUGGACUUUUCACUCCUGAUCUUGCAUUUGAUGCCAUAGUAAAAAAACAAAUUGGUAGACUCAAAGAGCCUUGCCUUAAGUGCAUUAAUCUUGUAGUUGGAGAACUUUUGAAUAUCACACAUUUUUGCACUGAAAGGAUGUCUCGCUAUCCAAUAUUAAGAGACGCUGUCGAACGUAUAAUAUCAGCACAAAUUCACAAAGCAGAGCAACAAUGCAAAGAUCAAAUACAAUUUUAUAUUGAUUGUCAGUUAAGUUACAUGAACACUAAUCAUGAGGAUUUUAUUGGAUUCGCCAAUGCUGAAAAUCAAGCAAAAAAGAACAUAUCCUCAACCAGUUCUGCUCCAGGAAACCAAGUAAUCCGUAAAGGCUACAUGUAUAUUCAUAAUCAAAGCAUGAUACGUGGCGCCAAAGAUUUUUGGUUUGUUCUAACAUCAGAAAAUCUUGCUUGGUUCAAAGAUGACACAGAAAAAGAAAUUCAAUAUAUUCUACCUUUGAAUGGUAUAAAAUUGAGAGACAUGGAAUCAAAAUUUAUAACCAGAAGACACACCUUUGGAUUGUUUUAUUCCAAUGGAAGAAAUGUUUAUAAAGACAACAAGCAAUUGGAGCUCAGUUGUAAUUCCAUAGAGGAAGAAGAUACGUGGAAGGCGUCGUUACUUAGAGCUGGAGUGUAUCCAGAAAGGCCAGCAGUAGAAGAGAAUACAUACGAAGAUAUACCAGCAAAAGAAGACACUGACCCGCAGUUGAAACGGCAAGUGGAAGUUAUAAGGAAUUUGGUUGAUAGUUAUAUGGGAAUUGUUAAUAAAUCCACUAAGGAUUUAAUACCAAAGAUUAUAACAAAUUUAGUACUAAAUUCAACAAAGAAGUUUAUAAGUGAGGAGUUAUUGUUGCAUGUUUAUUCGACAGAGAAUCAGGAUAAUCUUAUGGAAGAAUCAGCCGAUGAAGUUAGGAAACGCGAAGAAAAGAUGCAAAUGUAUCAAGCCUGUAAAGAAGCAUUGAAUAUUAUUGGUGAAUGUUCAGUUUCGUUUUCUAGUCAAAUGACUAGUACCAGUAGUCAAUUGAGUGCACCAGCUUCACCUGGAACAAAAAGAGUUUAUAGAAUGUCAUCCCCUAAUCCAUCAGCUACAAGAAAAGCGCCUCCUCCACCGCAAGGCAUACAAAAAUAUCAAAGCAUGAAACAUUUGGUACCGGAAUUUUACGUGUUCUCGGUACCAUAG